AUGAACAACAGUCAGGUGAGCCUCGUCGCGUCGGAGGCGAGCAGCGAGGCUCCAAAUGGGACAGCGCAACCCGCCAAUGCUGCGGGAGGAAAUACCGGCUUAGGGCCGGGAGUCUCUCAGCAGGGCUCUGCACCAACGAAUCUGUCAGGGCUCGUUUGUAAUGUGCACAGGACGACUGGAGAUGAGCCGCCUGCUUUGGUGGGAGCCACCACGACAGUUCUUGGGGACAAGCUGUACGUCUUUGGAGGCCGGAUACACUCGAGGACCAAACCUCAAUUGACGUCUGAUCUAUAUGAAUUGGAUCUCAUCCGGCGGCACUGGGUCAAAGUCGACGCUGUGGGUGAUAUUCCUCCUCCUCGGUAUUUUCACAGCGUUUGCGCUCUGGGCGACUCAAAAUUGGUCUGUUAUGGGGGCAUGUCGCCUGCCGCGCACAACAGAAAUGCCGGCUCUACUGAACCCCAGCCCGAGGUGGUGGUGAUGUCUGACGUUCAUGUUUUCGAUGUUCCCACACGCAAGUGGACGCUGAUAGCCACUGCGGAGCAUCCCCAAGGACGGUAUGCACACUGCGCUGCGAUUCUUCCGUCAUCUGCAGUCUUCACCUCUGCCAGCGCACCUCUAUCUGCCAUUCAUCACAACCCCUCGUCCGGCGAUCCUCACUCAGGCACGCUAGGUGUGCAUCUCGAUGGCACCGGCGGAGCCGAAAUGAUUGUGGUAGGAGGGCAAGACAGCAACAACAAUUACAUUGAGCAAAUUAGCGUGUUCAACCUACGGAGCUUGAAGUGGACUAAUACCACCGCCUGGGACCGUAAAUGCGGGGCUUACAAGAGCAUGGUGGCCCCGUUGACCGGUCUAUCAGCCGAAAACAUUGGACGCGGAGUACCUCUUCAAGAGCCGAGAGGCAGUUCGCGCGAGGGGACGUCGAUGUUGAUCUACUCAAACUAUAAUUUCUUGGAUGUCAAACUGGAGUUGCAGAUUCGAUUGCCCGAUGGCUCCCUGAUAGAGAAGCCCAUGACCGGGCCAGUCUCCCCUCCCGGAUUGCGAUUUCCCAACGGCGGCAUCAUCGACGGACAUUUUGUGGUCAGCGGGACAUAUCUUACUUCUUCGAAACACGAGUAUGCACUGUGGGCAUUAGAUCUCAAGACACUCACAUGGGCUCGAAUUGAUACCAACGGAUCGAUAUUUUCCCAGGGGAGCUGGAACCGAGGGAUUUUAUGGAACCGGCGAAAUACAUUUGUGAUUCUCGGGCAUCGAAAGCGGAGCUUGGUGGACGACUACAACCACCGCCGGAUCAACUUCAGCCAUGUGUGCAUGGUCGAACUAGAGGCGUUUGGCCUGUACGACAACCCACGCCGAGUUGCUCCUACAUCUUCGUACGUAUCCGUGUCGGCCACCGCGGUCCCAUUGUCUCUUCAAUCCAGCUUGCCCACCCAAACCGCCGGCGGACGUCCAUUCAACGCCAUGGCGGAACAACUGGGCCAAGCGGCUCUGAGCAUGAGCGAGCUGGCAGAUAUGGAGAUCGUAGCAUUGGGAGGAGAGAAGAUACCGUGCAACUCUUUUAUUCUUUCGCGACGUUGGGGGCCCUUUUUCAACCAGCUUCUCGCGGAGUCUGCUUCGACACAAGAGAACGCGAGCAUGUCGGACGCGGCGACGCUAAGGCCCACCCACAAUGCUCGAUCGCAAGCCAAUCCCAACCGCAAUUCUUCAAUCACCAUCACCCCGAACCACGCGACGAACGGCUACGGACCACCGCCGUCCGGGUCGUCUUCUGUGGCCGGGACAGACGGGUUCCUGGAUCCGCAGCGAUCAUUAAGUCGAUCGACUAACCGAACAUUGGUGGAGCUUCCCAACACUACAUCGGUGCCGGCGUCCAGCCGUCCACGGUCAUUGUAUCUGCCUCACAUGGCCGCGACUAUUCAGUUACUAUUGCAUUUCUUUUACACCUCUUCCCUGCCGCCCGUUGGGUCGGCAUUGUGCACGCCGCAUACGCUAUGCUCGCUGCUCCAAAUGGCUCGACCGUACCAGAUUGACGGACUGCUCGAGGCGACGGUUGAGCGGCUGCACGAAGUUCUGGAUGGUCGAAAUUCGGCCGCCGUGUUCAAUGCGGCGGCCAUGGCAGCGGGUGGCGGACGAGGCCUGACAGGUGCUGCUGCGGGCGGCAUGCUGGCUACAUCUAUGCCGCUCAGCCGCCGGCGCGAGAGUCAGGCCACCACCAUUGCCCCGGAGACUGUUGCUGGCAGGAUGGCCGGGCUGAAGCUGGCUACGAGCUACGAAGAACAACAACCAAAUCGCAGAAAGAGCCACGGCAAGGCCAGCUCGAUCGACUCUACUUCGACGGCUACUUCGGCGUCGACGUCGACUGAUGUGUCUCAUCCGCCCACGGACAACGAAACCUCGACGCAAGAAAACCAUGGCGAUCGGGCUUCCGGUGCUGGUGGUGCUGAUGGUAGGGGAUCACAGCAACAGCAACAGCAACAGCGGGAAAUAUGGACCGGAGAUAUUAGUUCUGUUAUUGGACUGCAGAAACGAGGUCUCAGGGGACUCAUGGAGGGUCGUCGGCUGAGAGAGCGCGCCAAUACCGGCGGCGCUGGUGCUGCUGCAACAACAAGUACUGGAGUUGGAAUUGGGAUGGGGAUCGGGAUUGGUGCUGGAGGCGAAUAA